AGUGGGGACGGUCCUCGACACACCGUUUCCAUACACACAUACAAAAUCAAUGGGCAAUAGACAUCGACGUGAAGGCAUAAAAACAAAAAUAGAAACGUUAACUUAACUAAAUCAGAGUAAUAGCAAGUUGAAUCACUUGGGAAACAACACACGUAGCGAGCAGUCAUGACGGCGUAUAUUGUUCUCACCGUUAUAUUGGGGUUUACUUUUUUAGCAGCAAAUCGAAACUUGGCUACCGGAGCACCGAGCUUCUCCAUAGACUACAACAGGAACUGCUUCCUGAAAGACGGAAGGCCGUUCCAGUAUGUUUCAGGAAGUAUUCACUACUCCAGAAUCCCUCGCUACUACUGGAAGGACAGGCUCCUCAAGAUGUACAUGGCUGGACUCAAUGCAGUACAGAUAUACGUUCCGUGGAAUUUCCACGAGUCCGUGGAGGGGGUGUACAACUUUGCAGGAGAUAGAGAUCUGGAAUAUUUCCUGGAUGUAGCCAAUCAGACGGGCCUCCUGGUGAUUCUGCGCCCCGGGCCAUACAUCUGUGCAGAGUGGGAGAUGGGUGGACUACCUGCGUGGCUGCUCCGAAAGCCCAAUAUCAUCCUUCGCUCAGCAGAUAAAGACUACCUGCAGGCUGUGACCAUGUGGCUGUCCGUGUUGCUUCCCAAGAUGAAGCCGUGGCUCUACAGCAACGGAGGGAAUGUCAUCAGUGUGCAGGUAGAGAAUGAGUACGGUAGCUACUAUGCAUGUGACUACAACUACAUGCGCCACCUGCUAACAUUGUUCCGGCUCUUCCUGGGAGAAAACACGGUUUUCUUCACGACCGACGGGAACACUGACCGAGAGAUGACGUGUGGGACACUGGAGGGACUGUAUGCCACCAUAGACUUCGGCACGGACACUAACAUACUCACUGCCUUCAAACGACAAAGGAGAUUCGAGCCCAGGGGCCCUCUGGUGAACUCUGAGUUCUACACAGGUUGGCUGGAUCACUGGGGCGAUCAGCACGCCGAAGUUGACAGCCAGAAGGUCAGCAAAAUGCUGGGGGAGAUGCUGUCUAUGGGCGCCAGCGUCAACAUGUACAUGUUUGAAGGAGGAACCAACUUUGGCUACUGGAAUGGAGCUGACCAUGAUAACCGAUUCCGGUCGGUUGUGACCAGUUAUGACUACAACGGCCCUCUGACUGAAGCUGGGGACCCCACAGAGAAGCUACUGGCCAUCAGAGACGUCAUCAGGAAGUUUAAAGAUAUCCCGGUCGGCCCCAUGCCCCCAGCGUCUCCUAAAUUUGCCUAUGGCUUUGUGACUCUGACAAAGGUGGGCAACAUCAGCAGUCUCCUUAGCAUCCUGUCACCCCAGGGACCAAUCAAAUCACAGCACCCUUUGACCUUUGAAGAGACAAAACAGUACUAUGGCUACAUGCUGUACCGGACCAAGCUGCCUCGGGAUCUCCCAGAGAGCACACCUCUCAUCUCUCCCCUGAACGGGGUGCAUGACCGCGCCUAUGUGUCCGUCGCUGGGGUGUUCCAGGGCCUGCUGGAGAGAGACACCACUCUGGUGAUGAAUGUGACGGGCCGUGAGAGGGACACCAUGGACAUCCUGGUGGAGAACAUGGGCAGGGUCAACUUCGGCAGCAAGAUCAAUGACUACAAGGGGCUAUUGAGCAACCUGAUUCUUGGUAGGGAUGUGCUGGCGGACUGGGAAAUCUAUCCUCUCAACAUCGAUGAAGUCAUAGCUGGAGGCUGGCCUCCUGCGGGCCAGCAUCACCCCCACACAGGCCCCAAGACAGAGUCCUUGGUGGGGCCGGUCUUCUACUCCGGCACCCUGCAGCCCAACGGCCUAUCCUGGGACACCUUCCUCAAGCUGAAUGAAUGGACCAAGGGCCAGGUAUGGAUCAACGGGGUAAAUAUGGGCCGGUACUGGCCCGCCAGAGGCCCCCAGCAGACCCUGUACGUCCCCGGGCCCCUCCUCAGCCCCAGCCAGCCCAACAACAUCACAGUCCUGGAGCUGGAGCGGGCCCCUGCACACACACAGGUUCUCUUCAUGGACCAUCCUCUGCUCAACAGCACUGUGGGCAAGUCAUGAAAGAAUACACACACAUACACCACUGUGCCUCAGAAUACAUGGGUGUCUGCAUUCAGGAUGAUAUUGCCUAUGGCUGGCUAGAUAGAUUUUAAAGAACACGUUGCAGAUUAUUUUUCAGUAGCACACAGGUACAGAUUCUACCUGUGAUAUUUACACCAGGGGCGUAGACAGACAUUAACAUUCAGGGCUUAGCAUAAACCUAACAUAGGACCCGGACUAGGCUUUAUUUGACCUCAGCUAGGGACAUCAACAGAUAAUGCGAGCGCACGCAAAAAUGAUGUGUACAGUUUUUGGAGAUUUAUGUAAUAUUAACAUUAUAUUAGACUCAUUAUCAUGACUGUAGGUGCCAAAUUCAAUAUCAUAACUCAACAGGCAAUUUCAAAAAUGUCUUUUUAAGCUAGAUUCUUAUCUUUACUGGAAUCCAAAAAAUACCCAGUUGUUUUUGCCUACAUUCUGCUAUUUAUCCUCCGGCCUCUUUCCACUGUCAAUUACUAGUGUCACUCGGAGCUAGAGACGUUCACUGACAUGCAAGAGACACUGCAUUUAUUUUGACAGACUGUUACAGCAUGUUACAAAAACUCACAUCACACUUUUGUUGUUGUUGAGGUAUAAGAAUUAUAUUCGGGGCUAAACUCAAAAUGUUCGGGGACUGCAGCCCUGGCAAAAAAGUCUGGAGAUGCUGCUGGUACACUACUUGUCACUUGGAGACCUGCUCCUUAGUCCAGGGAGUUUUGCCAUGACAGACAGAUGAGCCAGGUGACCAAUCCAAUCUGUUUAUCAAUAACUAUAAAUUAAAUCAGUCCGUGCAUUUUCUAUUAAACGUAGCACCCAGACUCAGGUUUCUGAAUCUCUUGCAACACAGUAGCUUUUAGUCAAACUUAAAACACAAACAUGAACACGGUAUGGUUUUCAGCUGGAAGUCAGGAUGUAUGAAGAACUACGAGAUAGUGUUGAGUUCAUUUUCAUUGCCUUGAUUUUAUUAAAGUUGCUGUGCCUUGGAUGCCUUUGACUUAUUACCGUAAAUAAAUUAUGUUUUUGCUCUUAUUA